AUGAGUCCCAACAAAAAUCAUUGUGUUGAUGGUGAAGAAGCUGAUAUUGAUUGCCCCUGCAACCCGGGAGCUCAGUACUAUGGUCGUGGGGUCUUUCCAAUAUACACUAGCACAACAUAUUGUCGCGCCGGCAAAGCACUGAAUGUAGAUUUGUUGAACCAUCCGGAGCUCGUCGAACAAAAUGCGACUCUCGCAUUCAUGAUCGCCAUGUGGAGGUGGAUGACUCCAAUUUUUGGCGAGCACAAACUAAUAAGAGGGGCCCAAAAAGUAAUAACGGUACCCUCGCCACACACUGUAUUUGUCAGCGACUGGAAGCCAACUAAAAAGGACAUCUUGUGGGGUAGAUUUACAGGGUCAUUAGCAACGGCUAUCAAUGCCAUGUACGGUGUUGAUUUUUGCGGAAAUCUAGGUAAUAGGCUCAAAAUGAACAACAUUGCAGAUUAUUACAACUAUUACCUUGACCUCAUAGGCGUCGACAGUGACCAAACUUGGGACCUCCUCAGCUGUAUGGACCAGAAACCUUUUAACCUGCCCAAGGAUUUGCGCCAGCUACUUGAAUGA